AUGAGGGAGCUACCUCGGGAGCGGAUCUUCUGGACCAGGAAUUCCUGGUCCCUCCCUGGACCACACAGCGUCGCCUCCCUCGACGGAUCGAAGCGCCUCUACCACAUCCGCGGCAAGAUGCACAAGAAGGUCUGGAUCGCUGUCGGGGACAUCAUCCUCGUCGGCCUCCGUGACUACCAGGACGAGAAGGCGGACAUCGUCUUCAAGUAUAUGCCUGACGAGGCCCGUCUCCUUAAGGCCUACGGUGAGCUCCUUGAGAACAUCCACCUCAACGAGGGCAUCGGAGGGCUCGACGAGGAGGACGAGGGCGGUGCCGAUGACUACAUCAAGUUCGAGGAUGAAGAUAUCGACAAGAUCUAAGGUAAUAGGAUUUUCAAAAGAUGAUGAUUCAGAAGAGAUCAAAAGGUCUUGGAUGGUGAAGAGGAAGAAGGAUUUUCAGAAGAUGGAGAAGGUUCACAGUCGGCUGGUCAAUAUUCUCGAGGGGCUCGGGCUCCAUGCCGGAGUUUUGAGCCUCGUUGAGCAGAAACAUAUCGUGGAUUGCAUCUAUGCCUUCCAGAAGAAAGGUCGGAACGGUGA